AUGCACGAGACAGCUAAGGGGAAAAAAUCCAAGACUAAUCAGAAGGAAUACAGAAAGAAUCCAGAGCCAUCUAAGCAACAUAAUUUUGCUAGUCAAGUAAAUCAAAGGAAGGGCGUAGGAAAACAGUUAAAUGGAGAAAAGAAUCCCGUUAAUUUGGAGGAUCUAGAGGAGGGUCUUAUGGCUAAUGUUGCAGAAUUUCAGAGUCCUAAUGUUGGAAAUAAUGCAAGAACUUGGAACCCUAAUUCAAAUUCUAACGUGAUAAUUGAUGUGGAUAAAUCAUGUUAUGACACUCAAGCAAAGGUGAAUACCGAUGAGGCACGAGAUGAUGAAGAACUGUGUCCUAAUGAAACUCCAAAAUUUUCAAAUUCAAACCAUAUUACUGAGGAAUUCAGUGGAUUACAUGGCAGCAAGCUAUUUAAACCCAUUCAAGAACUACCCAGUUGGACUUCGACCAUGGACUGCUACUACCCAGAUGCCACUGUUCACCUUACUGUGCAGUUGGAAUUUCCUUUGGCAGCUGCAGCUGGAUUUUAUGAAGUUUCAAUUUCAACAGCCUAA